AUGUCUAAAAUGUAUCCAGGAUUCCAUGCAAGCUACAAGGUCCUCGCUAACCGUAAGUAUUUCAGUGUAUUACGUUAUAGAAGGAUGAACUGGCUCAAUCAGAUAAAAUAAAAUAAACGACCUCUAAUACAAAAUCUAGUAAGGCCGAACUAAUAAAGAAAAAUUACAAUCAGGUUGUAAAUCAUGUUCCAGCAUUGUCUAAAGGAGUUUUGAUCGACGAGAUCUAAUGCUAACUGCUGAGCGCUUACAGCUCACCGUAAGUAGACGGAUACGUGAGAGAUCACAAAAAGUAAUGUCAACUCUGGUAAUUUUACAUUAUUCGUAUGACGAGUCAUUCGUUUGUGGUUUGUUAGCCAAUUUUUUGGGGAACGAAAUGUGUCGAAAUUGCGCAAAGUUUUGUCUGUACGGAAAAAAAAAAAGCAAAUGAAAAUUGGCGCUUUAAACUACAAUUGCGCCAACCCCUCAGAAAAAAUAGAAGCAGGUGCUGCAGGGGGGGCGCUGGGAAGGGGGUUGGCUAUGAAUGUAGAAAAGCUAGUGUGAACAGAGCUUAAUGAAUUGUACUGUCAUUCAAUUUUCAGCGGCCGUGGGAGCGUGCAAAAAUCCACGUCAAAACAACAUCAUACCCAUCACGAAUUCAUCAGGAAGCCUCUUCUCGCCACUCUACCCACAGGACUACCCGACUAAGAUCAUGUGUACUUGGGUGAUAACAGUACCCGAGGCAUACUUUGUGAGAUUGAGAAUCAAGGCAUUUAGCCUGGGCCGCGGGUGUGGCAGUUCCACUCUUCAGAUCUUUGAUGGUAAAAGUUCAUCAAGCAACUCAUUGAAGAAGUUUUGUGGGAGAGAUUAUGACCGUAAUGUUUUCUCCAGUGGUCGUCACCUUGUGGUUCAAUAUGAUUUUCGCGAGAAUGUCCCUUUUGACAACUCAUAUUUUUUCGAUGCUGUGUUUGAGGCUGUGGAUCGUGGUAAGGUUUAAAGAGUGUAGAAUGCUAGCGGUUACUCAGUUUUGUUGCGCGGGCAAGCAAAUCAAGCGAGCAAACGUCGUAAGAAAGAGGAAACAAGAAAAGAAUUCUAACUAAUUGGAAACUGGAGAGGAAGCAGGAGUAUGAGGGUUGCUUUUUUCUUUUCCCUACCCAGCUCUCCUUUCGGUUCGUUUAGUUUCUCCAGCCUUACCAAUCUUAUUUGACAUUCUCAAACUCAUUAAUUAUUCGUGCAAUCAAAAAGCUAAAAAAAAAAAAACAAAUUCUAGACCAUUUGAGUCAGGUAGAACAAUCUUCAGAUACCUAAUAAGACACCAGAUAAAACACCAUCAGCUUUUCAUCCGAGAUCAAACUUUUUUUUCUUCUGAGAUCAAACACCUGCAUUUGCAUUUGCACGUCAAAAACUCGGCCUUCGUGCUUCAUCACACGUGAUGAAGCACUGGUCCUAGUUUUUUUUACAUACUACUUCACGACUACGUGCCUGAAAAGGGACUGCUAGCAGUCUAAUGCUGGCUAUAAGCUUCUGUUAUGUAGAUACGUCAUGGUCCCUAUGAUUAACUUAAAACUUGUAAAAUGAAAGUAACUGAGCAAACAGGAUUAUUUCCCUAAAGCCAUGAGCUUGGCAAAAUCCGAGCUCCUCUUAAGUUCACAGUUUUACCCUACGUGGGCAAAAGCGGUCACUGAUUCGAAUGCCAUUUUAGGCCAAAACAGUCAUAGGUUUGACCCACAUUUGUUUCGAACGAUCAAAGUUGUCAGUGGGUUUGAAUCUGUUUGGCCCAAAACACUCACGGUUUUCGCUCGUUCCAUUUUGAUGCGUCAAGCCUACUUCCCCUGCAUGAUAUUAAGGAGCUUAAAGCAACGACGACCGCGACGGCAACGAGAACGGCAAAAAUGUGAUAGGUUAUAUUUGUAAAACAACAACUUUGCAUGCUGCAUGUGCAUCACACUUUUUUUGUACAUUUCUUAGCCUAUAAUUUCACGUUUUGUCGAGGACGGGAACACAAGACAACACUUUCUUUUUCUUUUCUUGAACUUUGAUACAGUCCUCUAGAAUUCAACUCCAAAACACUUUGCCAACUUUUGGAGAAUUAAACGAGAUGCUUGGAAUAAGCGCGAUAAAGUUUGAGGCAGCGCGAAUUCACUUUUUAAGUGACGUUUUCGUAGUCGUCGCCGUCGUUGUUGUUUAAGCUUCCUAUUCUUGACUUGAACACAUACCUUAUUAUAUUGUACAUCUGAAUCCACGAGUGGGCAAGAUGAAGUGAAUCCUUCGUUUUGAUUGGCUUACCGAGCGGGCAAGCUCGGCUCAUCCUGCCCGCUCGGGAUUUCCCACGUUGGUCCCUGAACAAAAAAAAAUUCUUAUUUACCGGGCUUGUUCUACCCUUGGUACCAGAGGUUUUCUGCUUGUUUGAGGCGAAAUGCUUUGGUGUGUGCCGCAAGCGGAACCCACGAGCGGCCAAGCCUGGAUCACUCUUAAGACUUGACCAAGACCCCAAAAUCGUGUAGAAAAAGUCUCUGGAACCCAAGGUUAGCUAGUUCGCUAGUUCGUUCAAGAUUGCUGGAUAUUGAACUCGUUCUUCUUCAUUGCUUUUUUAUUUAGCUCGACGUCUCGGUGCGUAAAAACGCAAAAACGAACUUGGCCAAUAUCCAGCCAUCGUGGUCAAUAACGAAUGUUCGUUGGGGAGGAACGUGAUUCGAAGCCCUAGUAACGUCUGUGUGUGAGCUUACAAAGUAACUGAUUAUUUAAUACCAUUUUAUUUUUUAAUUUUAAGUACCAGCUUCUAUUUCCUGUACUGAAGGCUACGACGAUACCACGUUAGAGACGAAAACUGGGGAAUUUGCAAGCUACAACUAUCCUCUACCUUACGAUGACGAUGUCGAGUGCAUCUGGCUCAUCAUUGUGGAUUCUGAUUACGAAAUAACACUGUCCUUUGAUUACUUCAAUCUGUCUCGAUCCAGUGACUGUUCUGAUGAUUAUGUGGAAGUCCGUGAUGGCCAGUUAGAUACGAGUGAACUACUUGGAAAGUUUUGUGGAGCAGAUAUACCUGAACCAAUAACAUCAGAUUCCUUGCCUACGCCAGGAGCCCAUCACACUAUGCGUUUGACAUUCAAAUCCAGUGGAAAGACAAAGUAUCCUGGAUUUAAAGCCAGCUACAAGACGAAAAGUAAGUUUGUAAUGGUAAAAGUAACUUUUGGUUUUCUCGCCUCUUCUUUUGAACAGUAACCUACCCGACGGGGGAGCACACGAAUGGGACACAUAGGUCUCAUGCAAUCCCCAAACCCAUGAAAGAUAGAGGGUGGGUUAUCAGUAGCAGAGAUUCUUAGUUCUUCCUUUACUCCUCGCAAGAUUGGGUCAUUCUGUAGCUUUUUCGAGGCUCUGCUGCAGUGGAACCUCUGUUCAGGGAACACCCUGGGGACUGGGGCAACUGUGUCGACUCAAUUGAGGUGUUCCCUGAAUAGAGGUUAGUUGGGGUUUGUUAAUAAUUAACCACACAUUCAUCAUUUAAAGCAUCAAGAUAAUAAGUGAAAAAUCACGAUUAACUGCUCCCUGCUAUAUGGUGUGUUGAAUUCCCACAAGUGCUGUACACACAUUUAAGUGAGAUAGCUCUUGCUGUGAAAGCUGUUAUCAUAAUUGUGAUAAGUGUACACGUAAACUUAUCUUCCCACUUUUUGUUCAGUCACGUUUGGAGAGCAAAAGUGUCCCCUGAAUGGUAGAGUUCCCACUCGCUUAAAAAGUUAGAGGUCCUUAGGACCUCCAGUCCCAGGAAAUUGAAGGUCCUUUUUUCUUUUUAAGGGUCCCAAAACCUACUUUGUGUGUAUGUGAUUACAAGAGUUGGAGGGGGUAAUUUGCGGUCUACAAUUUUUUCCUUUGCCACAAACAGAGCCGCUCUUAGUAAAGGCUUUAAAAGCCGUACCUGAUUUUUCUUCUACAUGAACUUUUCGUGAGAUCUUCUUUGUUGAUCGGGAUGGUUUUGCCAAACAUCCGUUUGCAUCUAGACAUGUUUUGCAUUUCAUGUGGUCUUUUUGGGUCUGGAAAACUUCUGAGGAUCUACAUCAGUUUUUUUUUCUGCCCGAUAGACGACUGAAGUAUGUGUUGGUUUCGUCCUCGCGGGCUGAAAAACUUAAAUAGUGUUGAGUGGACAUAUUUCCCAAUUAGACAAAGUGGCGGGUUGAUAAAACAUGCGGGAUUUCCAAGAUUGUUGCAAAGAUAGCUACAGAUGUAUGGGUAGUAACUAGUCCUUGUGCGUCUCAGUGACUCUUGCGAUAAAAGAAGCGUUCGUCCUUUUCGAUAUUUGAGUGUAAAAUUCGCACACAUGUGCGUUAAUGGAAACCCUGCUGAAUGGUUAAAGCUGGCUUUGGGGGCCCACAAAAGUGUCCCUUUCCCCUAAAUAGAGGUAACAAAUAUUAAGAUUAUAGGAACAUUUUUCCAGGACAAAAUUUUGUGUCCCGUGAAUGGAGAUGUCCCUUGAAUAGAGGUGCCCUAAUGGAGAGGUUCCACUGUAGUCAGGACAAGCAGAACCGGAAACGCGAGCGUAAGAGAAAAAAUCUUUCGGGGACUAGGAGAGAAAGGGCUCCUCUCCCCAGUCCACGUCUUAGUUCCUCGCCUUUUUCUUUUACCUGGUGCGAUUCCUCGUGCUUGCUUUUCGUAUCCUUUUUUCGGACUGGAACAGACUACGGACUGUAGCAGGAGCCGAUAUGCAAUUGGCUCCUGAGUGAUGUCAAGCUGUUGUGAGAGGGCAUCUACUGUUUGCAAAAAGUAAAUUGAAGUAAGAAGAUUUGACCCGAUUCUCCAAAAUGUCCUGUCGAACCCAUAGUUUUCGAUAGCACAUUGUUAUGUCACAGAAUAAUAUUAGCAGCAUCUCAACGAAAUUUCCUGAAAUUGUGUUUUUGGCGUAAAAUACUAGCGAUCUUUCGUGAAAAAAUCUUGUUGCGGGUAACAGAUAAUGUAAACUGUUGUGAUAACAUCGCUCAAUAUAGCUUGAUAUAACACCCAUUGAAAUGGUGUGCACUCCAGAUAGCGUAAAGUAGCUUUGUUUAUUUUUUAUCCGGCACUUUUUGCUGAGGUACAGUUUUCUGUAUUUCUGUUUAGUGACCAUAGCAGCCAUUUUUAGCAUCAUGGGAUAUUGUGUAUCUGGACUUUCUGUAACGAUUUGUUUGAUUGGAUGCUGUUUUAAGCGCUGUAAAGCAAUUAAACCUGUUUCGGAAGAACUGCCAGACGACAGAGAUGAGGAUUCUCCCCUACAAGAGCAAGCUACUAAACUCUAG